GUGCGCCGACUGACUCAUGGCUCGUCUGACUCGCGCCAGCCUCCCUCCGGGACACCGGUAAAGCAACUGUCCUGUUCUUCAUCUCACUGUCGCUCCCUCCGCACACUCACCACCAUGACGACCCCGCCGAUCUACACCACGUCGACUUCGGCAGGCGGCAUCAGGCUGAACGAGUAUCCGCCCUCAAGGCGCUCGUCGUCCCACCACGCCGUGUCGCACAAGGCCAGCAGCGCGAAGAAUGCGCCGUAUGGUGACCAUCCCGAAGUUGGCCCGGCCAAGGACGGAAGCCAUGGCGAGAGCGGCGGAAUGGACGACGACGAGCCGCUCUUUGACGCCGUGUUCGGCGAGCUGUCGGCCAAGGGGCCAAACUACCGUGCUGUCGGCACGAUGGGCGCCUUCGUGCUCAUCACGAAAGCCAACCUCGGUCUCGGCGUCCUCUCCAUCCCCUUCGUCUUCAUGACCCUCGGCAUCGUCCCCGGCGUGAUCGUCAUCCUCGUGGUGCAGACAAUGAUCGGGUACUGCGCGGCUGCGAUCGGGCCGUUCAAGCGCAACCAUCCCGAGGUGUACGGUCUCGCCGACGCGGGCUACGUGUUUGGCGGUGUCUGGGCCAAGGAAUACCUGUACGGGGUGUUCAGCGUCAACCUCAUCAUGAUCAUCUCCUCCGCCAUCGUGUCCAUCUCAGUCGCGCUCAACGCCAUCUCAGUGCACGGCGCAUGCACGGCCAUCUUCGUCGCCGUCGCCGCCAUCGCGGGGUGUUUCAUGGGCUCGUUCCGCACACUUAACAAGAUCACCUGGUUCGGCUGGGUCGGCCUUGCGUUCCUCAUCGCGUCGGUCUUGACGCUCACCGUUGCUGUUGGCGUGCAGGACCGCCCAGCCGCCGCGCCGCCCACCGGCCCGUGGGACAAGGACAUCAAGGUCGUCGCCAAGCCGCCCUUUGCCGCGGCGAUGGGCGCCGUCAACGCCGUCAUGUUCUCGUACGGCGCCACACCCACAUACUUCAACAUCAUCUCCGAGAUGCGCGACCCCCGCGGCUACACCACGGCCAUGGCGUCGUCGAUCGGCCUCAUGACCGUCGUCUACCUCGUCAUCGGCAACGUGGUGUACCACUUCACGGGGCAGUACGUCUCGUCGCCCUCGCUCGGCUCCGCCGGCCCGCUCAUGAAGAAGGUCUGCUACGGCAUUGCCCUGCCGGCGCUCUUCGCCUCGCUCACCAUCGUCACCCACAUCCAAUCCAAGCAUGUCUUUGUGCGCAUCCUCUCGACGCCAAGCCGCCAGCGCCACCUCGUGUCCAACUCGUGGACUCACUGGCUCACCUGGAUCGGCACACUCGUCGGCUCGUCGCUCAUCGCGUACGUUAUCGCCUCGGCCGUGCCCAACUUUGGCAGCAUCAUCUCGCUCAUCGGCGCCCUCAUCGUGCCGUCCGCCGCCAUCAUCCCGUACCCCCUCAUGUGGUGGCACGACAACUGGCGCUUCAGGACGAGCGAGGAGCGCCGCGAGCCCAAGCGCCAGCUCCUGUUCGUUAUCAACGCCAUCAUUGUCCUCGUCGGCCUCUUCAUCACCGGUGCCGGCACCUACUCUGCGGUCGAGGACAUUAUCGCAUCGACUGCGGCUGGUGCUGGCCCGUGGACUUGCGCCGACAACUCAAACUCGGUGAAGAAGGCCGAGUAAGACUGCUGCAUUGUAUAUUAUCGCAUCAUGGAAGCAUCUGUGGGGGA